UUUCGUUAUCUCGCUUUCGUUGCCUCGGCCUCGCCACAUCGCUGUACAGUGCGAGACGAAUCCGCGCCUGACGCCUCGCGUAAACAAUAACACGUUGACAAAAAUACUCCAUAUCUAACCACUUCGUGCUAUCCUAUAAUUAUAGUAAUUACAAUGCGUAAAAUACGCUCCGGCGUCAAGUAAGAACAGUAUAAAUCAGUGAAUUGACAGUGAUCUCGCAAUCUGCGGCGUAUAGGACUGCAAAACUGUAUAACUUUUGUGUUAAAUCCCCUGUGAGAUGUUGGGGGAAACUAUUGGUUAAAAAGUUGACUUUGGACGUUCAUUGGGACUUGUCUCGAAUGUGUAUUGAAACGUUUAUUGCUAUACACGGGCGCACUGCUAUGCGCCACGAUUUGGUGCAUUUCAUACGGCAUACAUCUUCCGACCACUACUGCGAAGGAAGGAUUUAGUUUUUGAGGCCAGAUCGCAAUCGAUGGCGCUACUGAGCAUUCGAGGCGAUUGGUCUACGUUUCUGUUCCUCAUAUACUACAAAAUCUAUUCAGCGAUCGUUUGGUUGGCCGGCAAUCACUGCCGUGGAGCUGAUAAGGGUCGCUCGGUGAUAAGCGGCGGAGUUGGCGGACAGUCGCCAGGAGGCCUUCACAGAGUACGCACGCGUCGACGUAGACCGCAGCAGCAGCACCGCGCUAAGCACAUCGUCGCAUUGACUAGGAGACCCUCAUUGAGAAGAAUAGUUAUGGCACCCGGAGCGAGCACCGCCCACACCAUGCUGGAAGACAAGGAGAAAGCCCUCGGAGCCUUGGCCACUGCCACAGUGUCCCUGUGCACACGUCGCAUCAGCCAGUUCGCGCCGCUGCUGAUCGCGCUGGUCGGGCUGCCGGCCCGCGGCAAGAGUCAGCUGGCCCAUCAUCUCUCGCGCCAUCUCAACUGGAAUGGAGAGAGCACUAAAGUAUUCAACUGCAGCGAGUACCGGCGGCGCCACAUGGCGCUCUACGGCACGCACGACAUCUUCCGCGCGGACAACGCGCACGGCUCCGCCAUCCGGCGACAGAGCGCCCACGAGGCCGUGCAGGACGCUGUGCUGUGGCUCAAGGAUGGGAACAGUGUUGCUAUAUUCGACGGCACCAACAUCACCCGCGAGCAGCGCAGGGAACUCAAUGACUAUUGCCUGUCGGAUAUGGGCUUCAGGAUUCUGUUCAUCGAGUGUGUCUGUGAGGACCAGGAGCUCCUCGAGAGGAACAUCAUUGAGAUCCUCCGGUACUCUGAAGACUACAAGUCGAUGAGCGAGGAGCUGGCAGUCGACGAUUUGAGGAAGAAGCUUGAGCACUACAUGAGGCAGUAUGAGCCUAUUGAUGCGAACUUAGAGACGAUCAGCUUCGUUCGCGUCGAGAACAUGGGAGAAACAGUGACUGCUCAUAAAGUUGCUGGCCAGAAAGAAUCUGGAAUCCUUGGUUAUCUUUCGGGCCUUCGUCCUCUUCCGCAAACUUUAUACUUCACCAGACAUGGCGAGAGCGAGUACAACGUGAUCGGUCGCAUCGGCGGAGACGCACUGCUCUCCCCGCGCGGGCAGAGCUACGCCCGCGGGCUGGCCCAGCACAUGAACGCCAUAGCUGACCGGGAGGAGCCUCUGUCGGUUUGGACCUCGGAGCUGAGGCGCACCAAGCAAACGGCGGCGGAGAUUAGGGCUCCCAAGCGGGCUGUGAGAGCGCUCAAUGAGUUGGACGCUGGCAUCUGCGAAGGGCUGACAUACGAGGAGAUGCAGGAGCGCUUCCCGCAGGAGUUUGCCUGGCGCGACCAAGACAAGCUGCGCUAUCGCUACCCGUGGGGCGAGUCCUACAUCGACAUCAUGACGCGACUGAGACCCGUGCUGUCGGCGCUGGAAGACGAGCAUAAUGUCAUCGUGGUGGGCCACCAGGCUGUGCUUCGGUGCAUGCUGGGAUAUUUCCUCGAUGCCAAGCUCGACGAGCUCCCGUACAUGAACGUGCCGCUUCAUACCAUCGUGAAGCUGACUUCACACGGCUACAAAUACAAAGUGGAGACCAUCAAGCUACCCAUCGAGUGCGUGGACACCCAACGCCAACAGCCAAAGAACUGCUCAAUCACACGGACUUCCAUCGACGCGUUGGUGACCGUGCCGUCGCACUACGACACGCUGCCGUCCAACCUGUGGCAGAACCCCUCCGAGGCACAACUGUAGGCGCACGCACGGGCCGGCCGUCGCGGCCGCCGCUACUUAAACCAUACCAGCAUUACCAGGGCCCGAGCCCCGGCAGUAUGCAGUCCACGGUAGUGAAAAACCUUGGAUCAAUAAAGAAACAAUAUCGCGCCUAGGUAUACAGCAAAAAGAGUGCGGUAUAUGCUUAGUAACUUCGGUGCCGAGAGCUCAUUUUUCUCUGCUGAAUGCACUCUAAGCGCGCUUAGUGAAAAACUGUGGUGUCGUUCGUUUCUGAAAGUGUGGACGUUGAGCAAACUCUAGCCUUUUAAGAUCGAUUUUUAAUAGAAGUUAUUCCGUUUAAAAUUACUCUUAAGAAAUUGAAUUUUGCCUCAAAUAA